AGCUUUAGUAAACGCGAAUGUACAAGGAAAGAGAAAACAAAAUACAUUAAUAUCGAGUCAAUGCCGCGAGAGCCUGUUAACUAGUGAUCUGAUCAUCAUACGAGCGCCUUGCAAUAACUGCUGCCCCUAUUAAAUAUUCAACGUUUGCCUUGGAGAGCAUUGGAGUAUGUGUACAAGUGUAUCGCGGUUAAGUUUAAGAUCCUGCUUUGCGAGGCCUAGUGUAUUAGAUUCCUCGACGUAUGUAAGGACACACUUGAGGAGCCUAAAAGACAUCGCAGCCACCCAAAAGACGAUCAGAGAAAUGUCUUCAUCCGUGUCCAGCUUGUACGCUCCUGCAGAAAGAAUAGCGUCACAUCCCAAAAAUGUGUGGGUUGAGUUUACAAGGUUGACAAGGGAAAAUCAGGCAGUUAACUUGGGACAGGGUUUUCCAGACAUUGCCCCUGAGAGUCACAUCAAAGCCGCACUGAUAGAAGCAGCAAGUAGUGACAAUGUUGCCCUUUGUCAGUACACCAGAAGCGAGGGCCACCCAAGACUUGUUAACGCUCUGGCUGCAAUGUACACCAAGCUUCAAGGAAGGGAGAUAAAUGCGCUGACUGAGAUUCUUGUCACCGUAGGAGCAUAUGAAUCCCUGUAUUGUACUUUUCAAGCUAUAAUAAACCCUGGGGAUGAGGUCAUUUUGAUAGAGCCUUUCUUUGACUGUUAUGCGCCCCAAGUCACGUCAGCUGGUGGGAAGCCUGUGUACAUCCCUCUCAGACCUAAAGAGGGAGCCACCUCAUCAAAGGACUUUCUUCUGGAUCCAGAGGAACUGGAGUCCAAGUUCUCAAGCAAGACGAAAGCAAUGGUGAUCAACACCCCCAACAACCCCCUUGGAAAGGUGUUCAGCCGCAGUGAGCUUGAGAUGAUCGCCAAUCUUUGUAUUCGGCAUAACAUUCUGUGCAUCAGCGAUGAGGUCUAUGAGUGGCUUGUGUACUCAGGCGCUGACCAUAUAAGGAUAGCAACUCUUCCAGGAAUGUGGGAAAGAACAAUAACUAUUGGAAGUGCAGGAAAAACCCUAAGUGUCACCGGAUGGAAGCUUGGCUGGUCGAUAGCUCCUGCUGAGUUGAUCAGAAACUUGCAGACGGUGCAUGCCAACAGCUCAUACACGCACGUUACCCCAACUCAGGAAGCGGUGGCAGUGUGCCUGGAAAAGGAAUUUCCUCUGAUUGGCAGUCAGGAUAGCUACUUUACCAAGCUGUCAAGUAUGGUGUCGAGCAAGAGAGACAAGAUGGCUGCAAUGCUUAGAGAGAUCGGCUUUAAACCUAUCAUACCUGAAGGGGGCUAUUUCAUGAUGGCUGACUUUUCAGACAUUAACUUAGGGGUAGACCUGGAUAAGUAUGAUUCAAGUGACGACCCAACAGAUUUUAAGUUCGCGCGGUGGCUCAUCAAGGAAAAGAAAAUCGCAGUGAUACCUCCAAGUGCAUUCUACUCUCAGGAACACAAGUCUUUCGCUUCGUCUUUCGUGCGGUUUUGCUUUAUCAAGGAGGACAGUACAAUUGAAAAGGCAGCGGAAAAGCUUCGUGAAUGGAAGAAGAGUUUAUCCAAGUAGAAAUCUUUUUUGGAAUAGAAAUCUAGGGAGUCGCACAAAAACUACAUCACACUCAGUUUUCACCGAUUUUCAUCGAGGUGAAAAGAUUGCUGUUUUGGAUUUAGAAAAAAAAGGAUUUGAUAAAAUGUGGUGUCAAAGUGGUUUAAAAUGUGGUGUCAGAAACUAAGGUAAUAAUUAGAGUAAAGUUGAUAAAUUUUAAAACACGUGGGAGUUCAUCAAAUGGUUGGGAAGGAGCUUGGAUUACAUUGACUUGUGCUACGAAGGCAAGGAGUUUGGAUUACAUUGACUUAAUAUUUUUAAGUUACCAAAAACGCAAGCUGAUGGCAUAUGAUUUUUAUUCCUCUUUUAAUAAGGAGGUUUUUCAGUUACAUGUUUAAACUAGCUGUUCUGCGAAAAAUCUCUCGUUUAUUUCUGCUCGCUGUGGUUGUCAUGGUGAUAUGGUUGACGUCAUGAUGCUGUUCAUCUGCGGUUGUUACGUGAUAACUGACCAACGCACUGUGCUUUCUCGGCCAGCAAACAAAUGGAGCUUCGAACAUUUGAAAUGUCCUGUAAAGAACACAAGCAGUUAUAAGUACAACAUUGUGGAAGGGGAGGGAACAACUAUUUAUGGGUUUGGUAUGUGAUGGUUUCGAUCUAUAGGGGGACAAAUGGAUAUGAUAAUGUACUUGUUUAACAAAUGUUUUGAGUUCCAAUGCUAAUAAAGAGCAAAUGUGUAACUCCA